AUGUCGUCUACCGCCUCCCUGGUAGAGUCCGCCAAGAAGGCUGCCGCCUUUCAGGCCGUCGACGAGCAUCUACUCCCCGAGCACCGCUUCAUCGGCAUCGGCUCCGGCAGCACUGUCGUCUACGUCGUCGACGCCAUCGUCGCCAAGGGCCCCGACUUCUACGGCCCCAUGACCUUCAUCCCCACUGGCAGCCAGUCCAAGGGCCUCAUCCGGGCCGCGGGUCUCAACCUCUCCAACCUCGACGAGCGGCCCGUCGUGGAUGGCCAGAGCGUCGCCCUGGACGUGGCCUUUGACGGCGCCGACGAGGUCGACGAGGACCUGAACCUGAUCAAGGGCGGCGGCGCCUGUCUCUUCCAGGAGAAGCUCGUUGCUAUCGCGGCUAAGAAGUUCGUCGCCGUGGCCGCUGUUAAAGACUACCGCAAGCAGUCCCCCCGCCUGUGCACAAAGUGGCUCACCAUCCCCAUCGAGGUCCUCCCCCUCUCCGCGCCCGACGUCCUCACCCGCCUGCGGGCCAUGGGCUCGCCCAACCCGGCCGUCCGCUCCGGCCUGCCCAGCAAGGCCGGCGAGUGCGUGACGGACAACGGCAUGUGGAUCAUCGACGCGCCCUUCCCGCCCUUGCUACUCACCAAGGACCUCAGCCCCUCCGAGGAAGGGGCGGGCAAGAACGCCGGCAAGUGGGAGGUGAGCAGGCUCGCCCAGGAGCUGCUCAAGGUUCCCGGGAUCGUUGAGAUUGGGCUCUUCCACGGGUUCAACGGAAACCAGGCCGUCUCUUUGGGCCAGGUGGGACAGGCGCAGAAGCCCGUGGCGGCGUACUUUGGCACGGCUGAUGGGUCUGUCGAUGUGCAGCUUGCGAUAUAG